UGUUACAGUCGGAUCGACGUUUGUCCCGUUUCCUCGUCGAUUUGCAUGUCCGAUCGCAAUUCACAAAUCAACGAGAAACGGAUUCAAUCAUCCCCCUGGUUGCAAACGUGAUCCUCUGUGAGGCGACGACGUGUCGGUGUAUCAAAGAAAGAAUAUUUCUCUUUGCGCGGUUGUAUAGUUUUUACGCGGGUCCGCUUUUGUUUUUGUAAAAGAAAGGUACCACACGUGCGUGCAACAGAAUUUCUCUAUCCUAUUUCGAUGGGACGAGGAUAAAAACCGAGACGUUUUUCAAAAACAACGAAAAAUGGACUUCAAUCGAGUAAGACGGAAAGGACGAUCGGUGAUUGUUCUCGCGAUGAUCGUCGCGAUCGACGGGGUAUUGUCGACGGAAAAAUUUGACGGGACACGAUUGGGAAAUGUGCUCAGAGACUUGUCGACUUCGCCGUUGCAAUUGUACGGCUCGCCGAGAUGCUUCAAUCACAGCGAGAUUUAUCUGAACGAGCUGAAAAAAUUCACUCCAUGGGCGCUCAAGAUGUACGACGCGUCAGCGAAGGCGCCGUCCGGAUUGAUCCUCGGCAACAAGCUGCGCGGCAACUUCGACGAGUGCCUGGAAGUGCGGAACAACGACCACGGAUUCGUCGGCCAGGCGUGUUACGCGGAAGUCACGUUCAACAUCGCCCCGGACGACGGCACGUCGCACGAGCCGGACCUCGGGGAUCUGUUGGCGAACGUCGCGAUCGCGUCGGACGCAACGUCUUGGAGAAGCGGCACCGCGACGUACGAGUGGAUGUUUUGCGUUCCCUCGAGCUGUUCCAGCGCGGAAGUCGAGAGAGCUGUGCACGCCGCACUGGAUCCGCUCAAGGUCCUGGGACGCGUGAACGUGAUCGUCUCCGUUCCUCCGGGAGCGUGUCACAACGUCGAGACCACACGCUCAACCUGGGACGCAGCCGAUUACGGUUUCACGGCGCUUCUCGGCGUCAUUGCUUUAAUCGCCAUCGCCGGCACGAGUUAUCACCUCGCUGUGCAACACAAUAUUAUCAAGUCACUGUCGAACGAUAUCUUACUCAAGGCGUUCUCGUUGUGCAACAAUUUCGUGAACGUGAUGCGAACCAGCAGCCAGUCGGGAUCCGUCAGAUGCAUCAAUGGCAUAAAGACUCUAAGUACUUUUUAUAUAAUUUUCGGUCACACGUACUACACGCAGGUAAUAAGUGAGAACACAAACCUCAAUGAGGUGCCGAAGAUUCACGAAGCGUGGUCGUCCUCGCUGAUCCUGAACGCGAACAUAGUUACCGACACGUUUUUCUUACUGAGCGGCACUUUGCUAGCCUACACCGAACUGGCGAAGAAGGAAAAAUCGAACUUCGACAAACCGACUCAGAUUGUGAAGCAUUACGGUUGGAAUUACAUUCAUCGUUACAUAAGAUUAACGCCGCCGUACGCGAUGAUGAUCGGUUUCUACGCGACUCUGUUCAACAAACUCGACUCGGGUCCGCACUGGGGCUCGGUCGAUCUCAGUAGAGCGCAGUGUCGCGAAAACUGGUGGACCAAUUUACUUUACAUUAACAAUUACAUCAAUGUUCCGAACAUGUGCAUGAUACAUUCCUGGUACCUGGCAGUCGAGAUGCAGCUUGUUUUACUAUCGCCGAUUAUAUUAAUCCUCAUGCACAAGCUCAAGACUUCUAUCUUCAACACGAUUCUGGUCGUCUUUGUGCUCGUCUCAGCUCUAGUACCCGGCAUGAUAACUUUUGCUCGCAAGUUACCGGGCACCAUGAACUAUUACAAAUCUACGGACGCCACGGCCAGCAUUUAUCUACUAAUCUACAUAACGGUAUACUGUAGAUUCGGAACCUAUUUGAUAGGUGUAGGUCUAGGAAAUUUAUUGCAAAAAUAUCGGACCGUCAAAUUACGUUACUGGCAGGUGAUCGUCGGAUGGAUCGCCGCGAUCGUGGGCGGUUUAGCGACGAUUUUCGGAGCGAGGAAAUUUUACUUCCAGUACAACGUGCUCGAGGCCAGCUUCUACGCUGGUCUUCACCGACACGCGUUCGCCCUCGCGGUUGCGUGGAUUAUCUUUUGCAGCGAGCACGGUUACGCAGGUGUCGUGAACGAUUUUCUCUCGUGGGGCGGAUGGACACCCCUGAGCAAAUUAUCGUAUUGCGCGUACCUGUGUCACUACGUCGUGCUGAUUUACUUCGACGGAGCGGCGAGAACGCCCGGCUACAUUACGACCAUUACCAUAGUGCGCGUUUUCCUGGGGAAUCUGGCGCUGACGUACAUGCUGGCCAUGGUGUGGAGUCUCUGUUUCGAAAUGCCGUUUUUCACCCUCGAUCGACGCGUCCGACACUACUGGGACAAGUUCUUCAGCGCGUCGGCCGAGAACGACUUCGACAAAAAUGCCCGCGCUGCGUCGCGGAUAUUGUGCAGAAACAGACCGGCCUCUCGCUACGAUCCCUCCUCCGGUCUGACCAACGAGGGAUACGGAGGUGUGUACACGAUAAACAAAAUCGAGGAGAGAUAACCUCCAGCUCCGCUAAUGUUUACAAAAAAAAAAAAAAAGACUACGGAA